AUGUCUUCACAGAGGAAAACAAAGGAGGAAUUGUUAGCAGAAUUUGAGAAUGAUUUAGUCAAGUUCAUUUCGAUGUCCAUAAAAAUUGAAGGGCAUGACGAACCCUUGGUGUUUUCGAGAAAUAUGGAUCCUAUGCCUCAACGCCUUCAUUUCAUAUUACCAGAAUAUUCCGUUUACUAUUUGACGAUUAGAUACAAAGUUAAACAAAGACCGUUGAGGAAACUUACCUAUCAUCAAACAGUUAAGAAAGGUGUGAUUAUAGUUGACACAAGAGAUUUGGAAAUGAUCGAGGAUGCCGUUGUAAAUGAUCACGCAGAUGAUGGAGACUAUCAUGAAGUAACAUUUCCUGCUGGUGGUGUACCGGGCGGGUCAUUUUUAAGAGGAUUGUAUCCAGCCAAGAGUACUAUAAAAGAGAAUGGGGAAAAGAUUUGGAGUUACAAAUGGACAAUCGAGAUUUGUAAAAAGUCGCAGAAGCCACUGGUUGGUGGAUUUGAUUAG